AUGCUUGUUCUUCUCUUCGUUGGGUUCACAAUUGCCUUCCGGCCUAAUCCCGCUUUUGGUCUGCACAACUUUGACGAUGUUAUUGUGACUUGGUGUGGCUCUCGUAAUAACAAUAACGAAAAUCGGUUCAGAGCCUCUGGUAUUUGCCAAUUGCGCUCCAACGUUAACAACUAUGCACAAACACUCUUAGAAACAGACGGAUUUUCUUUUAUUGUCGGAGACACAAAAUACAGCGACCCGGUCCAAUUUGAAGGUGCAAACACGAUAGAAUAUCCAGGUGAAUAUUCUCAUCGACUUGAAACAUACAACGACGUCGAAAUCCCGACUGUAAAACUAACUAAAAGAUAUAUAGUAAUUCCAACCAAGCCCUUUACCCUUGAAAAGUACGAAAUAACAAAUGAAGGAGAUUCGGAUAUUGAAGUGAAUGUCAUGGACUAUAUCACAUCCACUCAGACAGAACAGCCAGUGAAAGGUGGUAUCAUCGAAGGCACUUUCAGUCAAUACUUUGACUAUUCUGAAGACGCACUAUUGACGAACAUUUCUUUGAUUAUGGGCAUGGUUGGUGCAAACACACAGACAUUUAGUGAUUUAAAUGGGUCUUCUCCAAUUACUGAGUUUGCCGAAGGGGGGAAGUUUGUGCAAGUGAAAGAAGCACAGGCAACCCAAAUCAUGUCUGCUUUCCAGAAGAAUGUGACUGUCAAAUCAAAUUCGACGGAGAGUGUUAUCGUUUAUCGAAUUGUCGUUCCAAGCAAAGAAAUUGCUACUACUGGUGCCGAAUUGGUGAAAGAAAUUGAAGCCAAAUCAUAUGAUGAAUGGAAGGACAACUUGAAAGUUUUCAUGGACCUCCACACUGCAAAUUAUAGAGUUCCCAAAUUUGAAAAUUUAGACGAGGAAAAGAUGUGGUACUCCUCUGUGCUUACUAUGUUGUACUCCCAAAAUCCAACGGUCGGUACUUUGGUUGCAUCCUUCCACCCCCUGUAUUACUACAAGACUUGGACCAGAGAUGCCGCAUACUCCGCAGCUAUUUUGACAGCGAUGGGAGAGUACAACGGAGCUGAAAAGUUCUUGAAAUGGCUUGCAAAAGCGGAGCUCCGAGACGGUGGGUUCUUCGCAACUACAUACAGCUGGUGGGAUGGAACAUAUGUAGGGUUUGUUGAGCCACAAUAUGAUUCUGUUGGUGUUGCUUUGUAUGUGUAUUACUAUUACACACAAAUGACACAAACAACUGGAUUAAUUAAGGACGAAACAGUCAAACAACGAAUUAGAAAAUUGGAGGAUUUCUUGUUGUAUAGAGAUUGGAAAAAUCUUAUUAAGCCAGACUAUUCGAUUUGGGAGGAAAGCAGCGAUGGAUGGACUUCAUUAAGUGUCCCACUGCAAUAUUAUGGAUUCACACAAAUCCAAGGCCACCACGGAUUGUUAGCGGCUGCUAUGAUUGAAGAGAAGUAUUAUAAAGAUACUAAAAGAGCUGAAUUGCUGAGAAAGAGAGCGCAGGACCUAUCAACUUCAUUUGAGAAAUUGUUCUGGAAUGAAGAGAAAGGAUACUUUGUCCAAGCAAUUUGGCAGGACAACAAAAAGCAGAAAGUGAUCGUCGACACAUCGACUGCGACUAUGGCGUUCAGUGACAUUGUAACUGAUCAAAUAAAGAUCAAAAAGCACUUUGAUAACAUCAGAAAGUUCAACACCAAACUUGAAUACGGCCUUGCAAGAUAUCCACAAGACUCAUACUUCUAUUCCUCAAAGUGGAAUAUUGGAGGAAAAGAAGCUGGUGAAGCAAGCCCACCAUGGGGAGUUGUCACAAUGUUUAUGAGUUGGGCUGAAUUGCUCUACGACGAAUUCGACAAUCAUGCAAACGUAGUUAAAGAAAGAUUGAAUUGGAUGAUUAAACAUACUGGAAACGAUUAUAUGCCAUGCGGAGAAGCUGUAGACGGAAUCACUGGCGACCCGAUUAUGUCAUCAAUGCCUGAUGUAUACGAACACGCAGGUGUGUAUAUCAUGACAGCGCUUCAGAAUCAACAACUCGUCCCACUCUUUAAUUAUAAGAAGUGGUAA